CAGGGCCGGCUGCCCGCGUCCUCCCCGGGAUGAGGGGUCGGGCUCCGGCCGAGACCCCGCGGGCGACGCUGAGGUGAGCGGUACCCGCCGCCGCCUUCCCCCCGCAGGGAGCUAGGCCGGGGGGCUCGGGACCCGGAAGCAGAAGCGGGGCCGGGGAGGCGGCUGGAUGGGAAGGAGCGGCGGCGGCGGCGGCGGGCGGCGAUGGGGGAGCAGCAGAGCUCGCUGAGCGCCCCGCGGCCGGUCGCCGCCGCCGCCGCUGAGGAGCCGCCGAGCCCGGCUGGGAGCCCGCGGGAGCCCGGCUCGGACGAGCCGCCAGAGGCGGUCCCGAGCGGCGGGGAGGCAGGGCCGGGGCGAAGCGGGGAGCCGCCGCCCGCCGCCGGCCCCGAGCGGCGAGAGGACGAAGAGGAGGAGGAGGAGGAGGCGGCCGGGCCGGAGGAGCCGCCGGCCCUGACGGAGGAGGGGCCGGGGUCGGAGGGGGGCAACGGCCGCCGCCACCCGCCGGGGCGGCCGGUGUACUGCACCGUCUACUGUGUGGAGAACGACCGGGCGGCGGCGGCGGCGGCGGCCCUCGCCUCCCCCCGCGGCGGCGGCGGCCCAGGCGCGGAGCAGCCCCCGGCGCGUCGCGGGAUGGCGUCGGGCGGCGACCCGCUGUCGGCGGGCGGCAGCAUCGAGGUGGUGGACCUGUACCUGCUGCCCGAGCCCUUCUCCGGGCUGGUGGCGGGGGAGUUCGGGCCGCUGCUGGUGCUGAGCUGCCGCGUGUGCCUGGAGGAGAAGCCCAUCAAGCCCCUGUCCUGCUGCAAGAAGGCGGUGUGCGAGGAGUGCCUCAAGCGGUACCUCAGCUCCCAGGUGCAGCUGGGACAAGUGGAUAUAAAAUGCCCGAUCACAGAGUGCAGUGAACACCUGGAUGAAACAACUGUCCUCUAUAACCUGCCCAACGACGACAUCAUCAAGUAUAAAUAUUUCCUGGAACUCAGCCGCAUUGACUCCAGCACCAAGCCAUGCCCUCAGUGCAAGCACUUUACAACCUUCCGGAGGAGAGGCCACAUUCCUACCCCUGCCAAAUUGGAGAACAAAUACAAAAUCCAGUGUCCAUCUUGCCAAUUUGUCUGGUGUUUCAAGUGCCACUCUCCCUGGCAUGAAGGCGUUAACUGCAAAGAAUACAAGAAGGGAGACAAGCUGUUGCGUCACUGGGCCAACGAAAUCGAACACGGGCAGAGGAAUGCCCAGAAGUGUCCAAAAUGCAAGAUCCACAUCCAGAGAACAGAAGGGUGUGACCACAUGACCUGUUCGCAGUGUAACACUAAUUUCUGUUACCGUUGUGGGGAGAGAUACCGCCAGCUCCGGUUCUUCGGAGAUCACACGUCAAACCUCAGUAUCUUUGGAUGCAAAUACCGCUACCUCCCCGAGAGACCACAUUUAAGGAGAUUAGUGCGAGGCUCUGUCUGUGCUGGAAAACUACUCAUUACACCCCUAAUACUGGUUCUGGGACUGGCACUGGGAGCCAUAGCUGUUGUAAUAGGUUUAUUUGUGUUUCCUAUCUAUUGCCUUUGUAAAAAGCAGAGGAAAAGGUCACGGACAGGUAUGCCCUGGUAAGGAUGGACCUUACUCACCUGAACUGAGCUGGUCCUGCAAGGGCUAUACGCGCUUUGUGCAACAGAGCAAUACAGUGCUGGUAACAGCAUCAAAGCCACCGCCCUGGAAGAAGAACAGGGGAUCUCCUGCCAUCUUCCCUCAGCCGAAAACACUACUGCAGACCAGAAAGCCUCUUUGCUCUGGUGCACUCUGAACAAGACGGGCCCCCUGACUGCUGCUUUUUCAAUGUUUGGGGUUUUGGUUUUUUUAAUUAUUGUUUUGGAGGGGUUUUUCGAGUCUGUUUCUGAACUAGACAAUCAAAGUCUGUAUUGUAGCCACAACUCUACUACCGAUUUGGCCUGUGAAGAAAGCAUUUAACUGCUAACAUGUGCUCCAUUUUAACUUCAGUGUUGGCCUUUAAGGGGGAAAUGCUUAGAAGUGUUUGGACUCUUACUGUAUACUGAGCAUACUACUUUUGGUAUUAAAAACUACUUCUGUAAAUAACUUCCAUCACACAGCAUUCUGUUCAGCAUACCGAAACCCCGUCACAUGCCAGGGCACGACAGCUGGUUAUCUUCCGAGUCCUCCUGCUAGCGGGCAAGAGUGUAGAUUGCCACCGCCAAACUGCAGUGCCUCAGAGGGAAAUAUCCUUAGUAUUGAAGCUCCGUCGUACUUGCAAAUACCCUGAUUGGUUUCACUUCAGUAUUUAAUUUAUGACAGUCUAUUAAUAUUGAUUGGGGGGGGGUGACAGAUUUGUUAGAAGAGGACAGCAUUUUGAAACUCUCCCGGUACAGGAAAAACGUGAAGGGUUUAGAUAACAAGAAGCGUCAGUGGCCUGUUCUGUCCCAAGAUAUCCCUGAAGCGUGUUUGCAGGGAAGGUGGAAACCUGCUCUGCUGUUCUGACCUGGCAUAUAAUACACGUGCUACACAGUAGUUGUGUGAAGAUUGACUUAAUGAAAUUUUAUAACCUAAAUAGCACAUUUUGUUUAUUUAAGUAGGCUACUUAGAGCAUCCACUGAUGUCUCAUGAGGAAAAUCUGUGAAUUUGGGGUAAGGGGAGGGGUCAUGAAUUCUUAGGAGACCAUUUCAUUCUUACUCUCUGCUUCCAGUGUUUCUCUUCCUGGCGUGUUACAGAUCUGAAGAGAAUAGCUGUCCUUGCUCUUCUUUCCUAACUUCAGAGUACCACUGUUUGCUACCAGACCUCUUUCUCAGCACGUCACCACAAGAGAAAUGUAAUUCAGCGUUAGGAAAUGGCUACUGAGAAUUUUUUCACUUUUAAUUAUAAUCCAAAUUUAUCAUACAAAUAUAACUUAAAAGAAAAAAAGAAUAAAAUCAAUUUGUGCAAGCAGAACACUGAAACAAUAAAGAAACGAACUGAGUAAGAGAAAUAUCUAUAUUUUAAAAAUACAAGCUGAUCUUAAAGAAGAUUGGAUUUGUACUGUGAAGGUACUUUUUUUUUUUCAGUGUUUGUGUUUGAAGAUACAUAUAUAUAUAUAUGUUUGUAUAUAUAUGGGGAGAGGGGGAAGCAGGGAGAUGGGCAAUGUCCUGAAGAGUCUACAGACUUCAAAAUUUAGGCCCACAAAUAGCAUAUCAUUUGAGAGGAUGUACUUUUCUCCGCUUUCAUUGAAAAUUGUUAUUAAAUCUGAAUCUAGUUGUAAUUUUUAGGUAAAUAGUAUUCUGUCCCACCAACAUAAUACUGUUGUAAGAUACUCACUUUGACUUCAAAGCCUCAGUGGAAGAAACUGAUGAAUUUUGUUUACCUGGAAACACAAAUACCAGCUUACCAUGGUUGGCUAAUAUGCUUGUUUUCUGUCAGCUUCUGGUUUUGUUUUCUUCGGGUUUUUUUCUUGUUGCAACAGUGUGUACAAGCACACCAUACUAGACAACAAGUACUUAAUAUUUCCAUUUGAAUUUAAGGGCACGUCGACCCUGUUGUCCUAACGGUAGACAUAGUACCUUUCUAAGAUUUGCAAAUUAAGCAGGGAAGCAAUGACAUUUAGAAGUAACGUUCAAAGCCUAUUGUCAAUGCAAAUCCACCCGUUAAUUAGAUUUCUUCUUCUGUGACACAUCAGUUUUCUGUUUGUGUUCUGUCUGAGGUUGGAAGCUGCCUUAAAAUCGGUCUUGUUUUUGAGUGUGUUUUCUGAGGCUAUACAUAUUAGUUGUCUUUGGCUUACUCAGGGAUUUAUAUUCCUUUCUUUAAAUGUCAAAUAAUGAAGAUAUUUUUGUAUUAUUUAGAAAAACCUUCAGACCUCAGAGAGAGAGAGAGAGAGAUUUGGGGUUGCAAUGCAGUCUGUAAUAUGGUGUCAAACUAUUCCACUUGAGAAUAUUUUAGUACUUGAGAUUAACUGUAAUUAACUAUACAGUGGAUUAAUUUCCUUUCUUUUCCUGGUUCCUUAUAAAUAUGUAAGAUAUUCUUA